AUGUCGAUUGAAGGGAGUAAAAGAGAAUUGAUCGAAUUAAAGUUGUUUGAGGUACAAGAACUUCGACACACCGACAGACCUUAUGACUUCAAAUUACAAGAAAUAGAUGAAAUAAUUGAGAGUACUAAUGAAUCUGAUCAAUCUAAUGAAUUUGGUGAUAUAAUCGAUGAAAUAAAUCAACUCAGAUCUCACUCAAAGGAUAAGAAUUGGCAGAUUAUCUACAAAUCUACUUCAAAUCAAGCUAAAUUUAUGAUGAAUAGUUUAGAUAAAUCUUUUAAUUUCGUUGAACAGUUGCUGGAUAAACCAAAUUCACCUCAAUUCGAUGAGAUAUACUCUUCGUUCAAAGUAAAGUGCAAUUACUACAUUCCUUCAAUUCAAAGAGUUUUAAACAUUUUAUCAAAGUCAAUCACUCAAGGUUUCAAUAUCAACGGUGAUUGCCUUAGAGACCACGCUGAUUUACAGCAGAGAUGGAAAACUUUGGACAACAAACUAGAAGAAAUUGACUCAAAAUUGAUUCAAAUAAAACACUCAAACGAUGUUGACAUUUUAAACGAUAAGCUCGCCCUUUUAAACCUUCAAACUCCUUCAAAACCUCAAUCACGUCCUUCUUCUAGAUUGUCUCAUUCACGACCUCCUUCACGUCUCCCUCGUCCUUCAACUCCCUCACGCCCAUACAGCCCCACCCCUUCAAUCCCCUCAAAUUCAUCUACACCCUCACGAAUACCACGUUCUUCUCGCUCCUCUUCCCUUCUUUCGGCUGACAUUGGUCGUGGUAGAAAUCUCCUCACUCCUGAGCCCACUCUUAGAGCAAAUGCGCGUCCUUUUUGGGGCGCUUCUAAUAGCCCCAUUCCACGAUCCAGGAGGGUUGUUAGUGGUAGAUCUUCCAUCCUUAGUAGCAGCACAUCCAGCAAAAAUGAAGAUAGCGGUAAUUACCUCCCCAACUCCAUAGACCCACUAGAUGUUCAAGUAGGUAUAAUUUACAACGAUCAUGGCCUCGGCAUCGGAAUUCAGAGGAUCGAUCCCCCUCUCUCUCGUAGGCCUCGGCCUGAAACUGUCUCAAACAUGCAGGCUCAGUACGCCUUCGAAACUCCGCACAACAGGAAAGUAGUUAACUGUAAGCUACUAGAAGUAAAAGCUACAAGGCGUGCUCAGUUAAACGGAGAAGGCGACAGGAAGAAAGUUAUGGUUAGAGUCGGCGGUGGUUGGAAAGAUCUAUCUCAUUAUCUCAUCGAAAGGCAGCAGUAG